GCUCGAGUCGACUCGAGCCAACUCAGGAACCAACAAACUUCCCAAAAUGUCGACAGCACGCAAAGGCCGCUCUCGGCGGUUUGCCGAGUUUGAAGAGAAGAUCGCAAAGGACUUCGACAUCGAAAACGAAGCUCCCGAUCACAGUGAUGAAAGCGGCAGCGAGGAGUCGGCAGAUGAGAACGCGGGGACCGAGCACUACGUCGAGGUCGGGAAGAGCAAGCUUCGCCAAAAAGAGCCCAUCUCACUUGGCCCGGAGUACCGAGGUACGCGCGUCAGCAGAGCGGCACUAGAGCAGAGCAGUGAGGAGGACGAAGAUGGGGACGAAGAUGAGGAUGAGGAAGAAGAAGAGGAGGAGGAGGAGGAGGAGGAAGAGGAAGAGGAAGGGGAAGGAGAAGAAGAAAAGUACGACGACCCAGAGACUGCGGAUCUCGAGGCAGACCAUGUCGACGAUGACGCCGAGAUUAGCAGCGACAAUGCGCUGAACGAGAGUGACGAGGAAGCCCUCAAAGAUUUUGUCUUCCGCGGCAGUUCUAAGCCGAGGGUGCCGAACGGGCGAAUUAAGAAGAGACCCACCGCUGCAGAUUUCAUGUCCUCGUCGGGAGAAGAGUCGGGGGAAGAGAAUGCCGGAGAGGAAGGCUCCGAGGAGGAAGAGGACGGCCCAGAGGUAUCUGAGGAAGGCUCCGAUAUUGCCGAAGACGGUGCGCGCCUCUUCGACCUGGAGGCUGAAGUCUCGGAGGAAGACCAGGGCGAUGAAGACGAGGGUGAGGAAGACGAUGAAGAGGAGGAGGGCGAGGAAGAUGACGAGGUGGAGAGUGAGGACGAUGAGGAAGGGAGCGAAAGCGGGGAAGGGGAGGAUAGGGGGGAGGACGAGGAAGAAGACGAGGAUGAGGAGGAAGAGCAAGACGCCGAGAUGGACGGCGGCGGCGACGAACGCGCCCAGUUGCGCAAGAUGGCGACUGAGGGGCAGAAGAGCAUCGUGGCGGCCAUGUCCCAGGCUGCCAAGGCAGACGCCGAGAAGGGCAUGGCAGUGCGCGUGCAGCGCCGUGCGUUCGACUCCAUCCUGAACCUCCGCAUUCGGCUACAGAAGGCCUUGGUGGCUGCCAACACGUUUACUGUGGUCGACAAGAGCCACGAGAGCGUUGCAGAAGCGUACCAAGCCGCCGAGGAGGCUGCCGUCAAGCUGUGGAACACGAUCGACAGUGUCAGGCACACCUUCAUGCCGGAAAGCAGCAGAGCCAAAGUCGGGGACAAGAGGAAGCGCGAGAUCGACCUCGACACCCCGAGCCAGGCGAUCUGGGAGAGCAUGCAGAUGGUGGAGGAGGCCGUCCACGCCCACCGGCGGAAAGUGCUCGACAAGUGGUCCGAGAGGGUCAAGAAGAACAGCGUCGCGCUCUCGACCCGGAGACUGGUCAGCUCGGAGACUCAGACGCUAGUCUCGGCACUCGACGAGCAGCUCCUGAGCUCUGAGCGACUAAUCAAGCGCGCCCGCGCGCCCCGCUCCUGCGCACCGGCGCAGGCGGCUAAGAAGGUGGACGAGGACGCCAACAUCUACGACGACGCCGACUUCUACCAGCUGCUGCUCAAGGAGCUGGUCGACCAACGCAGCUCAGACACGGGGUUGCCGGGCGAGUCGGUCGCGACGGUCCGGUGGGCGGCGCUGAAGGAGAACAAGACGAGGAAGACGGUCGACAGGCGGGCCAGCAAGGGGCGGAAGCUGCGGUACACGGUGCACGAGAAGCUGCAGAACUUCAUGGCGCCCGAGGACAGGCGGACGUGGGAAGACCACGCGAUCGACAGGCUGUUCGGCACAUUGUUUGGGCAGAAGAUGGAGCUGAAGGAGGAAGACGACGUGUCGGACGAGGAGAUGGGCGGCGUCAACGUCGAGGAGGAGGGCCUGAGGCUGUUCAGGAGUUGAGUCUGCGUGUGCGAGGAUGGGGGGGCUCUCUCUCUCUCUCUCUCUUUCCGGCUAGCUGUCGGAUACAAUGCAACAGGUUUA